AUGUUGAAUAAUAAUGGCAAUUUUAAACAACUUCCCCUAUAAUCAAAUUAUGUUAUUUUGGAGGAAUUUCAUCUUCACUUAGCUAGAUGUUAAUUCAACUUUGAGUAAGUCCUUACCAACUACAGUUUUACGAGCUAAAAUAGUUUAUAUGAAUAGGAAUCUACUUGUGUUUAAAUAAUCAUAAAUCUCAAAUUGGAUAGUCGAGCAUAAUUUAAUUGGUAUGAUUAAGGAGUAAAUAUAUAUUUUAAUAUUUAAGUUAUCGACAACAAUUUUGAAUUUAUAUGCUUCAUUAUAAGAUCAUCUCAAAGCAUUAUUAAAACUGAUCUAACUGUUUACAAUAGAAUUCUUUCAUUACCUGAAACACAAUACUUACAAUUCCUUUUUUGUUGAGAUCUAAAAUUUAAUUAAUCCAAAUACAGAAGAGAAUUAUAAUACUAGUGAAUUUAGAAAUGGUAUCAGAUAAAGUGGUAGAUACACCUAUUAUAAUGGAAAUUUAGUAGUGUUGGAAAUGAUAACUCUACCUGGUUAGCUAUAUCUUAUCAAUAUGACCCUAUUAUACGCCUAUCAAAAAGUCCAAAGUUAUUGUUAUUUCCAAAAUACUCAAUUUUUAAGUCACUGCUUUGUAUCCUAUCCCUAAUGGAGGUAGUUUACUUAUAAUGGCAAUCUCCACUGAAAAUGCUCAAUACGAUACUUAUGACAUAGAAGCUGACUAAGUAAUGGCUCUUCCAUCAAAAUAGUCUUUCAAUUAGAAAUUAAUUCAAAAACUUUCAGAGUUCAUUAAAAUUAUGCUGAAUUGAUCAGGUAAACUCAAUUAUAUAUUUUAACUGAAGUUGUCUCAUAUUUUACUUUAUUGAUAAUUCCUUAUAUACUUUACCAUCUUAAUAAAUUGUUAGAUAUAGUGAUGCUACCAAUCUAUAACCAAAAUUGACUAAAUUUUCUGUUGAGAAUAUUAAAGAGUAUUCAGCUACCAUGUAAAUUGAAAUUAAUCAGAUAAAGUUCUUCUGCAAUUUCUAAAUUAAUUUUUUAUAAUCCAAUUUCUCAAUCACUGUAGCAGAAGCCUAUUAUAUGUACUGUUUAAAUAGAAUUACCAAACCUUCAAUUUCCUAUUUACUAAGUUUAGGACAUCCGCAUUAUAAGUCCUCCUUAUCCAAAAACGGGUAUUUAAAUAUUUUGGCCAAAUCCAGUAUUCCUCUGAAUUUAUAUGUUUAAACUGAUUACGCAUUUUAUAUUGGACUCAAAAAUUAAGAAGGAAUUGCAUCAGAUUAAUUUAUACUUAAUUUCUCAACCAAAAAUAGAAGUAAAAUUAGUUUUAUCCAUUUCUCAGCUAAUUAAGCCUAAAUUGUUACAAUUAUGAACUAUAUUGUUUUCAUACUCAGCUUACCAAGUUGGAAAAUCGUUAUAAAUGUAUAUCAUAUCAUUUAAUGA